CACUGAUAAUUAGUACGGCAUAAUAAGCAAGAAUCUUGAAGAAGUUUUUAUACUUUUAAGAUGUUACGGCGAGGACACCGACAGAAAUCUAGCCAGCCAGAGAAGCAGAGAGUGAAUGUAAUGUGUUCAAGAGGAAAUUCCCUUUCAGAGAGCAACUCAAGAACUGCGUUUUGGGGGAAGGAGACAGGUAUCUUAAUGUGCAUUCAACCAUUUUGUCGUCAUCAUUGAAAGAACAAAUAAACAGUGAUCUAGUAAUUAAUGAAGCGGAAAAGAAAACAGAGCCAUGGAAAUCGGAAGAAAAUGUCGACAACGGAAUUCACCGAUGGGGCAAGAGCAGAUGCAUAAUUUGGGAUGCAGAUGAGACGGGGUAUAAAUAUUACUUUAUACAUUUAGAUCUCCGCAGCCGUUAUUGGAAGCUUCUUGGAUGAAACACCUUCGGAGAAAGGGAAAUUUAAGAUGAAGGGCCAUUUUUCUGUAUUUGUGCUUUGUUCUUUACUGGAAGCAGCUUUAGCCUUCAUGUCUCGGGAAGCAAUGCUUGAAAGCAGAAGCCGGUUUUUUCGGAGGUUGAGUCCUUCUUAUAUGACUAGCGUAAGAGACUAUGAAGAAUAUGCCACAGUCUACAUGGACAGACAUGCAAGAGAUUACUACAGUAGCGGCGCUGGAGAGCAGCAAACCCUCAAGGAUAACGAAAAAGCUUUCAAAAAAUACAGGAUACGUCCUCGAUUGCUGCGAAAUGUUUCUAAAAGAAGUAUGAAUCUGACUAUUCUGGGGCAGCCAGCAGGAAUGCCUAUUGGUUGUUCUCCUGUCGCAUUUCAAAAGAUGGCUCACACUGAUGGAGAAUUGGGAACCGCUAAAGCUGUCGCAGACGCUCGAGGAGUGAUGAUCAUGAGCAUGCUUUCUACAACAGCGAUGGAAGAUCUGAGGGAAAACACACCUCAUGGCAUCCACUGGCUUCAAGUUUACAUUGCAAAAGAUAGAGAACUGACUAGAACCUUAAUACAAAGAGCAGAUAUCGCAGGAUUUAAGGCUAUUGUUGUGACAAUUGACUCUCCAGUCAAUGGUAUGUGGGGGGUCAAUAUGAUUCAUAACCUCACUCUACCCACUCAUUUAAGGUUACCAAAUUUGCAGCCCAAAGAUGAAGUUCAAGGUGCAGGAUCAAAUUUGAGAACAAGGGUUGGAUACUCUUUACUUGACCCUUCACUCACCUGGAAAGAUAUUCAAUGGAUACAGACUUUCACAGCUUUGCCAAUUGUGGUCAAAGGUGUUUUAACAGCGGAAGAUGCUGUUUUAGCUGUUGAGCAUGGAGCGUCAGCCAUUUUAGUUUCAAACCAUGGAGGAAGGCAACUGGAUGGAGUUCCAGCCACGUUGGAUGUUUUACCAGAAAUCGUCAAUGCCGUCAAAGGUAGAGCAGAAGUCUACUUAGAUGGUGGUGUACGAACGGGUGGGGAUGUUUUCAAAGCACUGGCUUUGGGUGCCAGAGCUGUCUUCUUUGGCCGACCUGUCAUUUGGGGACUAGUACACAGUGGCCAAGAAGGUGUGGAAGACAUUUUCCGAAUAAUGAGGAGCCAAUUAGAUACCACAAUGGCCUUGGCAGGUAACCAAUGUUUUCAGCAUAAUAUUAUAAGAUUAGAAACUCAGAGUUUGAUUCAAAAAGGUAUUCAAAGAGUCAGUGACACAAUCGUCAACAAAGAGAACACAAAUCAAGAGGGUCUGUCUCUUAGUGUUGAACAGGGAGAUCCAACGCCCCUGGACAAUCUUCGAAAUCUUAACCAUGUAGCGGCCCCACAACCAAGGGAAGGACAAAACAGUGCCAUAUGA